AACUCUCCAUGAACUUGGGCACGCCCGAGAAUCUUUCAGGACAAUGCUCUACCCCAAAUGAGACGAGGAGAUCCUGUAACCCACACUCAGCUGAUGGAAUCAUAGAAAAGUAGAAUUGGAAGGGACCCCCAAGGGGCAUCUAUUCCAACCCCCUGUAUUGCAGGAACACACAAGCAUCCACAUUGGCUGGACAGCGUAUACUCAACAUGUCUUUCUCUUUCAUUGCAGCAAGUGCCACAGCCCCGACGGUCUUCCCAUUGCCUCCCUGUAGCCAAGACUCCUCUACCGCCUCCCAGGUCUCCAUAGGUUGUCUGGUCUCUGGCUACUUUCCUGAACCAGUCACAGUGCAAUGGAAUUCAGGAGCCAUCUCCAGCGGCAUCCGAACCUUCCCUGCCCUAUUGGAUUCAUCCAGUGGCCUCUACACUCUCACCAGCCAGCUCACCAUCCCAACCAGCACCUGGGAAUCAGAGAAGAUUGAAUGCAAAGUCACCCAUGCAGCUACCAGCUCUGAAAUCACCAAGGAGAUUGAGCGCUCUAUUGCACUACCUCCAGUGGCCCCAGAAGUCCGCCUGCUCCAUUCCUCCUGCAAACCCAGAUCCAGUGAUGCCACCAUUGAGCUGAUGUGUGUGAUCUCUAGCUUUUACCCCAAAAUGCUGACAGUGGAAUGGCUGGUGGGUGGGCAAGCUGGGCUCCUGGCUUCAUUCACUGAGCAGCCCAGGAAAGAUGCCCACGGAUACACCUUCAGCACCACAAGCACAGUCAACGUCAGCCAAGAAGACUGGCAGGCUGGGAAUACCUACUACUGCCAGGUGUUCCACGAAGAAACCCAAACCAAAGUGAAAAGCAAAGCGAAGAUAUGUGAAGAUAAUGCUGAAUGCCCUUCCAGCGGCAUUAAUGUGCACAUCAUACCCCCCACGCCACAAGACCUGUACGUAAACAAUGACCCCAAGCUCACUUGUGUGGUGGAGAAUCUGGAAAGCGCAGAUGGGCUGAAAGUCACCUGGUCACGAGCGGAUACUGGACCCGUGAGCCCAGAACUACUGGAAGUGAAAGAAGAACGUAAUGGAAGGUUCACUGCUACCAGCUCCCUCCCUGUCACAACAUGGCUGCAGGGUGAGAAAUUCACCUGCAACGUGGAAUAUCCAGGCUUGACUGCUCCCAUCACUAAGACCAUUGCCAAGACAACAGGCACGAGAACCCCUCCCGGAGUGUUCCUCUACCCCCCUCACCACGAGGAAAUCAACGCUCAGCCAGCAAUGCUGACCCUCACCUGCCUGGUCACAGGAUUCACCCCAAAAGAAGUUUCUAUCCAGUGGCUGAGGAAUCACAAUGCCAUGCCUGAAGACCAUCAUGUCAACACGCCAGUCAUAAAGGACAACAAGAAUGACUCCUACUUUCUAUACAGCCACAUGAAAAUCCCAUUCGCUGACUGGAACAACGGAGUUUCACACACCUGCAUGGUUAUCCACGAAGCCCUCUCCAUGAAGUUCACCCAGAGGACCGUGGAGAAAACCCAGGGUACAUCUCCCACAGCCCCAGUCAUCUUCCCAUUGUCCCCCUGUUGCCAAGACCUCGCCACUGCCUCCCAGGUUACCGUGGGCUGUCUGGUCUCUGGCUACUUUCCCGAACCAGUCAAAGUACAGUGGAAUUCAGGAUCCUCGUCUGACAUCCGGACCUUCCCUGCUCUAUUGGAUUCAUCCAGUGGCCACUACACUCUCAGCAGCCAGCUCACCAUCCCAACCAGCACUUGGGAAUCAGAGAAGCUUCAAUGCCAUAUUGUACAUACAGCUACCAGCUCCACAAUCAACAAAGAGAUUGGACCCUGUGAAAAGAAAGAUCCCGUAGCCCCAAAGGUCCGCUUGCUCCAUUCCUCCUGCAAGGCCAGCUCCAGAGAUGCCACCAUUGAGUUGAUGUGCGUUAUCUCCAACUUCUACCCCAACAAUGUGACGGUAAAUUGGCUGGUGAGUGAGAAACCUAUGUCGCAACCCUCUUUCACUGAGCAGCCCUGGAAAGACAGCCAUGGGUACACCUUCAGUGCCAUCAGCACAGUCAACAUUAGCCAAGCAGACUGGGAAGAUGGGAAUGUCUACGUCUGCCAGGUGUCCCACACAGCAACCCAAACUUCUGUGAGAAGCAAAGCCAAGAUCUGUGAAGGCUCCUCAGGAACUCCCCUCAAAGUUUUCAUCCUACCCCCAAGCCCCAACGACCUUUACAUGGAUAAGCAACCCAAACUCAGCUGCAUGAUAGUCAACUUAGAGAGUGAAGAGGAAGAACUGGAAGUGACCUGGUCACGGCAGACAGCAGGAAGUCUAACCCCUGAGCCACUUGCAUGGAGAGAGGAGGUUAAUAACACCUUCACCGCAUCCAGCUCUGUGUUCAUUUCCGCAAGCGACUGGUUGUCAGGGGAGACUUUUAUCUGCACAGUGCAACAUCCAUCCCUGCCUCAACCGAAAACAAGAGAGAUUAGCAAGAAGAAAGAAACCAAAGAAGCUCCAGGUGUGUAUCUCUUCCGCCCCCAUGAUGAUGAGCUCAGGUCUAAUGGCCAUUAUGUCUCCAUCACUGCCCUGGUGAGAGGGUUCAAGCCCAGUGACAUCUCCCUGAAAUGGCUCAAGAAUGGGAACCCUCUGCCUGAAGCUGACUAUCUCAGCACCCCUGUCUACAGUGAUGGCGAUGGUUUAUAUUUCUUGUUCAGCAAGCUGAAAGUCCCCAAAGCAGACUGGAACAGAGGUGAUGCCUAUACCUGCAUGGUUGUCCAUGAAGGUCUGACCCUCAAGUUCAUUCAGAAGACCAUUGAGAAAUCCCGGGGUAAAAAAUGAAAACGGCCUUCAGCCAGCAUUGCGACCCCAUCGCCCUAUGGCCCCAGAUUUUUUUCUCUCUCGAGAUUCUUAGACCAACCCUGUGUAAAAAAUCUCCAUGCAAAAAUGUACCCAAUGGCUGAAUAAAAAAAAAAGAACUCA